CUAUCCACAUUCACACGGCGUCGGAGCGGGUGCCACUGCCUCCUAAUCGUCCGAGAGAUUUUGGUGCCCCUUGAAGACUAGAGGCACUAGCAGCUUCUUCUCGCGUCUCGACAUUUUCACAGCUACCACCAUCUACGUGCACAGUUUCCCGCAGUAGGGCCGAGCUUGGACAUGGCAGUUCCAAUCAAGUUGUUCUUGGUCGUGCAAGUACUGGUGGCGGUUGUGUUGCUGAAUGGCGGGCCAGUUGCAGACGCGUUCGUCUUCGACAGAAAGUCCUGUGGCGCCGUGCCCAGCAACAACUAUGCCUACGAUGAAAGUCUGGCUAAACGAAUGAUGGCGUAUAGCGCCUCGGCCUAUGUGAAGCACCCGCGUAUCCUCCAGGACUGGACCUGCACGCUGUGCAAAUCUGUGCUCAAAGGCUUCCAGCCAUUCCGUGUCAUUGAGACGGAUGAUUUGCUCUCGUAUAUGGGCUAUGAUAGCACACUCCGUAUGAUCGUGGUUGUGUUCCGCGGGACGGUAGGCCCGGGCAGGUUCACCGCGUUCGUCAAGAACUGGAUCCUCAACGCCAGCUUUAAGAAGGUCAAGCCCACGCGCCUGGGCUUGUCCGUGCCGGGCGAGGUGCACGACGGGUUCUACAACGGCUACGUGGGCAUGCAGACUCAAAUCAUCUCAGCGCUCCAGCACUUGCAGGCCCAGCACCCCCGCGCCGGCCUCUACGUAACGGGACACUCCCUAGGCGCGGCCCUUGCUACCAUAGCAACGAUGGACUUCUACUCCAAAGGCGUCAGCACCAAUCCGAUCAUGAUCAACUUCGGCUCGCCGCGCGUCGGAGACAAGUGCUUUGCGAAGUACUUUUCGGAGAAAAUCACGCGCAGUAUUCGCGUGGUGCAUAGCAAGGACAUCGUCACGCACGUGCCACCCGAGAUAACGGGCUACCAACACGUGAGUCGCGAAGUCCAGGACAAAACCACCUGGGACCAUCGGGUCUAUCUCGGCUACCGCGGCAUCAGUGCCAGACGCCGCAAAUAGAUGUAACACCACGCUCCCUCCGCAGCAACGGUCGGCGACCGCAAGGGGAACCGGAACGGCUCCUGGCCGAUGCACCGAAAUUCUGAAUCAUUUGAACCAUGCAUACUCAUCUCUUGCACUUCUGCUGCAAUGACUAACCCCUUUCCAUUCCUACUGGAUUUUUCCUGUGCAAGAGGCGAAAUUUUACUAAUAGAAAUUGCAAUCACGCGGUCACUGCA